GUACAGAGUAAAGGCCUUCUCCUUUUCUUCCUCCUGCUAUUUCAUUGAGCUCUCAGUACCAGUGCUUUCCGCUCAUAUUUUCCCAAGUUAAGAGAGGAAAAUGGCUAUCGAAAGUGUGGGUGGAUCCAUUAUAUCUAAGAUAGCAGAACUCAUGGUGGAACCAGUAGGAAGGCAGUUCCGUUACAUGUUCUGUUUCAACAAUUUUGUUGAAGAAUUCAAGGAACAAAAGGAGAACCUUGCUUUAGCACUAGAUGGUCUGCAAAAAGAAGUCGAAGCUGCUGAAAGGAAUGCUGAAGAAAUUAAGAAAGGUGUCAAAAAGUGGAUGGAAGAUGCAAACAACGAAAUUGAAGGUGCGAAGCCCUUGGAAAAUGAAAUAGGAAGAAAUGGCAAAUGCUUUACUUGGUGCCCAAACUGCAUGCGACAAUUCAAGUUAAGCAAGGCACUGGCCAAGAAGUCGGAGACUUUCAGAAAACUUCUAGAAAAUAGCACAAAGUUUACAAAAGUGUCCGACAGAGCUCAUCCUCAGCCCAUAGAAUUUCUCCUAUCAAAGGAAUUCACGCGCUCAGAAUCGUCAGAAGAAGCUUUGCAAAAGAUUAUGGAUGCUCUCAAAGAUUAUGGAUGCUCUCAAAGAUGACAAAGUCAAUAUGAUCGGACUGCGCGGCAUGGGAGGGGUGGGUAAAACCACCCUGGUGAAAGAAGUAGGCAGGAUAGCCAAAGAGUUGCAGCUUUUUCCUGAAGUUUUGAUGGCUACGGUGUCGCAGAAUCCAAAGGUCACAGGCAUCCAGGAUCGACUGGCAGAUAUGUUAGGUCUGGAUAUUAGAGAAAAGAGUAAAGAAGGGAGAGCAGAUCGAUUAUGGCAGAGACUGAAGCAAGUGGAGAAGAUGCUUAUUAUCCUGGAUGAUGUUUGGAAAAAUAUUGACUUGAAAGAGAUAGGGAUCCCAUUUGGUGAUGAUCACAGGGGUUGUAAAAUACUUCUAACAACACGUGUUCAAGGCAUAUGUUCUUCUAUGGGGUGCCAGCAAAAAGUGCUUUUAAGAGUCUUACCUGAAGAUGAAGCAUGGGAUUUAUUCAGAAUCAAUGCAGGUUUACGUGAUGGGGACUCUACCUUGACCACAGUGGCAGGGGAGGUUGCGAGAGAAUGCCAUGGCUUGCCUAUAGCACUUGUGACAGUGGGAAGUGCUCUAAGAGAUAAAUCUCUAGUUCAGUGGGAUUCAGCGUGUAGACAGCUCAAAAACUCUCAAUUUCCGCGCAUGGAACAAAAUGAUGAUCAAAGAAAUGCUUAUACAUGUCUUAAGUUGAGCUAUGAUUAUUUGAAGCUCCGGGAAACGAAGUCAUGUUUCGUGCUAUGCUGUUUAUUUCCAGAAGAUUAUGACAUUCCAAUCGAGGACUUGACGAGAUAUGCAGUUGGCUAUGGGUUACAUCAAGAUGCGGAGCCCAUCGAAGAUGCAAGGAAACGAGUUUCUGUGGCAAUCGAAAACCUCAAAGAUUGUUGCAUGCUGUUGGGCUCUGAAACUGAAGAACAUGUGAGAAUGCAUGACUUGGUUCGUGACUUUGCUAUUCAGAUAGCAUCAUCAGAAGAAUAUGGAUUCAUGGUAAAGGCUGGCAUUGGGUUGAAGAAGUGGCCAAUGAGCAAUACAAGCUUUGAAGGUUGUAAAACAAUUUCGUUAAUGGGCAAUAAACUAGAAGAACUUCCUGAAAGAUUGGGAUGUCCACAGCUGAAAGUUCUAUUAUUAGAAGUGGAUGAUGGUAUGAAUGUUCCAGAGAGGUUCUUUGAAGGGAUGAAAGAAAUUGAAGUUUUGUCUCUGGAGGGAGGUUGUUUGUCAUUGCAAUCACUCGAACUCUCAACGAAACUUCAAUCGUUGGAGUUGAUGGAGUGCGAAUGCAAGGACCUCAUUUGGUUGAGAAAGCUGCAGAGACUUAAGAUUCUUGGUCUUAUGGGGUGCUCAUCCAUUGAAGAAUUACCUGAUGAAAUAGGAGAGCUCAAGGAGUUAAGGUUGUUGGAUGUUAGAGGUUGUGAAAGGCUAAGAAGGAUCCCUGUGAAUUUGAUUGGAAGGUUGAAGAAGUUAGAAGAGCUGUUGAUCGGGGGUCGCAGCUUUGAUGGAUGGGAUGUUGUUGGAUGUGACAGCACAGGAGGAAUGAAUGCAAGCCUAACAGAACUAAAUUCGUUGUCUCAGUGAGCCGUAUUAUCAUUGAGGAUA